AUUGGUCAACAAUACUACGAAAACUUCGAUAAUGCGAGACAUACGAUAAAUACCAUCAGAGUGUGACAUAAGCGGUUCUAGUUCACCAAAUUCGCGUACACCAUAUCAGUUCUGCUCAUUAUGAGUAUGAAACGUGGCGGCGUGCCCAAAAUGGGUGAUGUGAGUCACGUUGGGGCAACCUCCAAGUCAUACCAACCAGAAAAGGUACCACGAGGUGGACGAAGCAGUGGUAGUGUUGGCGGUGAUGCAGUACCGCCAAUGUUGCCCCAGACACAAAUAAAUAAUGAUAUAGAGGACAAAGAGGAAAUGCGUAUGCGCGAGUUAGAAGAGGCCAGGGCAAGGGCCGCACAGAUGGAAAAAACAAUGAGGUGGUGGUCAGAUUGCACCGCAAACUGGCGAGAGAAGUGGGGUAAGGUGCGAGCGGAGCGCAACAAAUCGCGAGAUGAAUGCAGGCAACUACGAAUGAAAGUUGAAACAACUGUCAAAGAAUGUGCUGCGCUCAAACGUGAAAAAGAAGAACUGAUUCGGGAGAAUGAAAAACUUUGCAAAGAACUGCACAAUGUGCAGCAGUCUGAGAAAGAACAAGCAAGUAGCAUAAGUAGUGAAGGUAGCACUGCAUGUAAUAAACAGUCACUGAAUAUACCAGAAAGGGACACUGAUCCCAUACUCUUGAACGAAGCCUCUGCGGCACCAGACAAUGAACUUUUUUUGCAAGGUAUUAGCAAAACAGAGAAAGUCACAAAGAAUGUGAAUCAGGAUAAAAUUCAGUUGCCUUCCCCGGAUGAAGAGUUAGCCGAACAGAAAGUACUCAUGAUUGAAAUGAAGCUGGAAGAAGCAACAAAGACAAUACAAGUAGAAAGAGAUUCCAAAGAAGUCCUUCAUAAAGAAAUUGAAAAACUACAGAGUGAGUUGACAAGCUUAAAAAACAGGCAGGAAGAAAUGAGGAAAUGUAAAGAUGAGACAUUGAAAGAGUUGUCUUUACUAAAACAAGAGCAUGACAUUGCUUUGGGCCGUAUAACAUCUGAUUUGGAAGAUGAAACUAGCACGCGUAGUAACAUGGAUAGAAGAUUAGCUGAUAUGCGAAAACAGCUUGAGCGUCUACAAGCAGAGAAUGCAGCUGAGUGGGGAAAGCGUGAACGACUAGAAACUGAAAAAUUGGCCUUAGAAAGAGAAAACAAGAAGUUGAAAGCUCUGCUAGAAGACUUGGAAGAAAAUUUAUUGAAAAAGAAUAAACUAGCAACAGCGGCGAUGGAUUCUGACUUCAAACAGAACCAAGCUGAAUUAUUCGAAAAAACUAAGGAAGUGGCUGAUCUCAGACACAAUCAGAUUAAACUGAAAAAAAUACUGCAAGAUAAAACAGCUGAGCUUGGACAUGCACAGCGACAGGCAGAACAGCAUGAAUCAGAAGUGAAAAAACUCAGAACCCGAAUUGAGGAAUUGAAAAAAGACUUUGCAAGAUCUGAAGAUGAGGUAAAUUAA